AUGCCCAUCCCAAUCAUUGCCCAAGGUCUCAGGGAGGGUGUCUCGUCCAUCCCGUAUGCGUGGGAAAUCCUCCGCGUAGCACCAUGGGUGCUAGUACUCGCCGCGUUGAAGUACUACUUCGAAGGAGCCCGCAAUGGCUCGGAGCGGAUGAUGCGGUCCAAAGUGAUCAUGGUGACGGGCGGCACAUCAGGAAUAGGAGCAGAAGUAGUCCGCGAACUCGCAACGCGCGGCGCCCAAGUCAUCCUGCUAACCCGCCAACCGCCGUCCGACCUCUUCCUCUCGGAAUACAUCGACGACCUACGCACAAGCACAAACAACCAACUAAUCUACGCCGAACAAGUGGACCUCUCAUCUCUGCACUCCAUCCGCACCUUCGCCACAAAAUGGAUCGACAAUAUUCCUCCCCGCCGUCUAGACAGCAUCAUCCUCGCCGGCGGAACAAUCGAGCCCUCUAGUUCCCGACCCCUGACCACAGACGGCAUAGACCCAGAAUGGCAAGUAAACUACCUAGCCAACUUCCACCUCCUCAGCAUCCUCAGUCCAGCCCUACGCGCCCAGCCCGCCCACCGCGACGUCCGCGUCAUCUUCGCCACCUGCUCCAGCUACAUUGGCGCGGACUUCAGUAAACUGGAUAUCGUGAAACGCGGGAAGCAGACGGUUAUCUCCAAGCGCACGGAUACUAGCCCUGCGCUGUACGCGCGACCGAAGGGCGUAUACGCGCUCAGCAAGCUUGCACUGACGAUCUUCGCACAUUCCUUCCAGCGCCAUUUGAACGCGUACAAACGGCCCGACGGUCUGCCGCCUUGCACGAGGGUUAUUGUGGUUGAUCCAGGCUUGGCGCGGACGCCCGGUAUGCGGCGCUGGUUGACGGGCGGUUCGUUGUGGGGUCUGGCGGUUUAUUUGGUUACUUGGCCGGUCUGGUGGCUGCUGUUUAAGUCGCCUGUGGGCGGUGCGCAGAGUUUCUUGUAUGCGGCUAUGGAGCAGAAGUAUGGGCGUGGUGAGGGUGGGUGGUUGGUUAAGGAGUGUCGGGAGAUGGAUUAUGCAAGGACGGAUGUGAGGAAUGAUGAGGUUGGGAAGAAGCUUUGGGAGUUUAGUGAGAAGAUGGUUGAGGAGGCUGAGAAGGAGAGUGCUGUUAUUAGGGCUUUGGAGAAGAAGGAGAAGGAGGUUGAGAAGCAGAAGGCUGAGGCUGAGAAGACGAAGAAGGAGAGAGAGGAUGCGGGAUCGAAAAGGGGGAAAGCUGAUGGGUCGAGGAGGAGUCGGAAGGGUAAUAAGUGA